AUGGCACAAGCAAAAGACGCUAUCAAGAAGGCAACUCGAAAUAUUCAUGAUUAUGGUUUACUUUUAACAAGAAAUGAACAAAAUAAUGAAAGUACGACGCUUCUUUGGUUUGAUCCAAAUAUUGAAUUGCAAGAAGAUACAGAACUCACUAAGCAACAAUUGCGUUCCAUCAAUGAUUUUGUUACAUUUCACACUGAUCUUGACCAAUGUGUUACAUAUAUUCAGUCUAUUAACAAAGAAAAGAUUUUUUUAAUCACAUCAGGAUCAAAAGCAUCACAACUUCUACCUCUGGUCAAUAAUCUUUGUCAGGUUGAUUGCAUCUUCAUCUUCUGUAGAAAGAAAGAAAGAUAUGAGCAUUUAAAGAAUGAAUAUUCAAAGAUUAUUGAUGUUUAUGUUCAUUUGGAUGACCUGUGUGCAUCCAUUCGACAACAAAUUGAUCUUUUUGAUAAACAAUUAGAAGUAUUUAGUGCUUUCGAUCAUCAUCAAAAAUCAACAAAAGAUCUUUCAAAACAAUCAGCCGAGUUUCUUUGGUUGCAACUCUUUCAUCAUCUCAUUAUUCGUCUUCCACCAAAUCAAGAAGCAAAACAACGAAUGAUUAAUGUAUGUCGGCACUAUUAUCGUGGAAAUACGAAAGAAUUGAAUUUGAUUGAUCAAUUUGAACGAGAAUAUCGUCCAGAAGACGCCAUUCGAUGGUAUUCAAUACAAUCAUUCGUCUAUAAAUUAGUCAACAAAGCAUUACGAACUGAAGAUCUUGAUCAACUGCAAACGUUUCGUUUUUUUAUCGGUGAUCUAUCACAAAGUCUUGCUCGUGAGCAUGAAAAGAUCCUUUCGUCUAAUAAUAAAAUAUUAACUGUUUAUCGAGGAGCCAAGUUGGAUAAAGUAGAAUUCGAAAAAUUGAAAGAAAGUCAAGGAAAACUUAUUUCAACUAAUGGAUACUUGUCAACUAGUCGAAGUCGAUCACAAGCAAUUAAAUUUCUACAAGCAAGCACAAACAGGCAGCAUGUUGUUAAAGUUCUUUUUCAAAUCGAAUGCCAUAUUCAACAACUUGGUAAAAGUGUUGUCUAUGCUGAUAUUGCGUCUUUCAGUGACUAUCCACAAGAACAAGAAGUGCUUUUUGAUUUAAAUGCAGCGUUUCGACUCAACUCGAUUGAAGAACAAGAUUCAAUACAACUGAUUCACAUGAAUGCAUCAAAUGAGGGAAAAAAAAUUACAGAAGAUUAUAUCAAGUUGACACAAAUGGAAAUUAAAGAAAAAAGUGUUAUCAUUGUAUUUGGACGAUUGAUGUGUAGUCUAGGCCAAUAUGAUCAAUCACAAAAAUAUUUUGAAGAACUAUUGAAGGAGCCUAAUGGUGAAGAUAUCGCUUGGAUAGAAUUCAAUUUAGGUCAAGUUCUAGAUUAUAAAGGUCAAUGGGAACAAGCGAAAAAAUAUUAUGAUCAAGCAUACGAUCGAAUGAUCAAAGCAGAAUCACCAAGAAUCAAAGACUCAGCUCAAGUGCUCAAUAAUAUUGGUGGUAUUUUCUAUCGGCAAGGAAAAUACAAUGAAUCUCUCGAUUUCCAUCGACAAGCACUAAAUAUUCGAAAAGAAUUCUGUCCAUCUGAUCAUAUAGAAAUUGGUAAUAGCCUCAACUACAUCGGUCUUAUUCUUGAUCUUCAAGGAAAGUAUAGUGAAGCUUUAGACUAUCAUCAACAAGCAUUAAAAAUACGUGAGAAAUUCUAUCCAUCUGAUCAUGUCGAAAUCGCUGCGAGCCUUAACAACAUUGGUUUUGUUCUCCUUCAUCAAGAAAAGUACGAUGAAGCUUUGAAAUACUGUCGACAAGCACUGAAAAUACGCGAGAAAUUUUAUCCAUCUGGUCAUAUUGAUACUGCUAAAAGCCUCAACAAUAUUGGUCUAAUUCUCAAUAAACAAAAAAAGUACGAUGAAGCUCUGGAAUACCAUCGACGAUCACUGGAAAUGCGUAAGAAAUUCUAUCCACCUGUUCAUGCUCACAUUGCUAUCAGUUUUGACAAUAUUGGCUCUGUUCUCAGUCAUGAAGGAAAGUACGAUGAAGCUUUGGAAUACCUUCAACAUGCACUGAAAAUGCGUGAGAAACUCUUUCCAUCUGGCCAUGUCGAUAUUGCUUACAGUUUGAAAAAGAUUGGAAUAUGCUAUGAAAAUCAAAAUGAGAGAAAGCUGGCAUUGGACUACUACCAACGAGCUGUGGUCAUAUUCACAAAGUUUCUUCCCGCUGAUCAUCGUGCACUAGUCAGCAUGAAGCAUAGUAUUUGUCGUCUAACGGGUAAAGACUAA